ACUUAAGUUGAAAAAAUGGUCUUGAGUGGGACCCAGGUCAUCAAAAUCACAAGAUCCACGCUUUCAACACCACGUACACACCCCUCUCUCCUUCCGCCAUCUUCUCAACCCCGCCAUUUAAAUCUUCAAAAUUCCUCUUCUCUCUUCUUCUGCCCUAAUCUCUUGCUCUCUCCAUCAUCUUCAUCUCUUUCUCACUUACGUUUCACCAUCAUGUCACACUCGUAUGCAACAGAUGCCCAAACAAAAUCCGCUGACCUCGCCGCCACAAUCGUCAUCUCCUCAACACCAGAGCAAAUUGCCACCGCUUGCGCCUCGGUGGAGUCCUUUCUACAUAGGCACUCACCUGACCAGUCGCGGUGGUUCUUCUCCAUCACUUUCCCAACCCUAAUUUGCAAAAUAUUCGGUUUCGACGAACAGAAGCCCCAAAACCCUAACGGUAACGGCUGGAUUGACAUUUUAGCGUCAGCCAAUGAUACGGAAAUCUCUUGUAAGGUUUUUGACCUCCUUUCUCCGACUGGCGUUUUAAUGAGUUCUGUUACAGCUGUUGAUCGGUUAUCUCUUGUUAAAUAUGUUUUCCCAAUUGAACGGCUGCCUGAAUGGGUCCGGUUGACGCUACAAAACGGUAGGGAAUGUGGUGUUUUGUCUGAUUUAUGUCCUCUAUUCAAAGGGAGGCUUAAGGAUGGAGUUCCGUUUCAGGUCCAGUUGAAUAUUCUGGAGUAUUACUUGUUUUGGUUUGCUUAUUACCCUGUUUGCAAAGGAAGUUCUGAUAAUCAUAUCACUGUCAGAACUAGCGUAAGCAAAAGGUUUAGGUUAGAGAAUUGGGCUUAUAAAUCGAUUCCGGUCUUUGGUAGUGCUAGUAAACCACGUGGAAAUGAGCAGAAGAACAGCGACAAUGGUAAUUUGUAUAUACGGCUUUUGUGUGCUUAUCUGCGUUUCUUUGUUCCUUUGGGCGAUUUGAAUGCUCAUUCACCUUACCGAAGUUCAUUGUUGCAUUACUCUUCAUCUUACAAUAGUUUCGUCCUUGAGAAUGCUGAGUUUUUUGUUCAUACGCUUAUACAUUUCUGGAUUGUGGAUAAUGAUUUCUCACCUUUGUCUGUUAAGCUAUGCAAGUCAUAUGGUGUUGUACUCCCUCUUCGGUCUAUCUUGGCUGAACUUCCCCCCACAGAUGUUUUGGGUGAAGUUGCCAAUGUGUUUGUGAAAUACCUAAAUUCGAGUUUACUUCUCAAUGGUGUUGAGGGAUGUGAUCAGAUGGAACUUAUUAAAGCUGCAACUUGGAAGGGUGCAGGUUCUGUUGAAUUGAAGUCUAGGGAGAUGUUUUCUUCUAUAGGAUCUAUUGGUUAUUGGAACAGUUGCAUCCAGAGGCCACUCUACAGAUAUAUUUUGAGAACAUUCCUGUUUUCCCCAGUUGACACUCCUGUGAAGAAUGUUUCUCAGGUGUUUUCCCUUUGGGUUAACUAUAUGGAACCAUGGGCAGUUAGUUUGGAUGAAUUUCCUGAGCUUGAUGCGAAUACGGUUAAUAUGAAAAGAGAUUGUAAACCACAUGAAUAUUCAUCCUCUUGGCAAGGCUUUGUGUUAUCAAACUACCUUUUCUAUAGUUCCUUGGUUAUGCACUUCAUUGGAUUUGCUCAUAAGUUCAUUCAUACAGAUCCAGAAGUUAUAGUGCAAAUGUUGUCCAAGGUUAUAAAUGUGUUGACAUCAUCUAGGGAGCUUGUGGACCUCAUAAAGAAUGUAGACAUUGUUUUUCAUUCAGUUCCAGCAGCAGGAUCAUCCAAAUCAAUGCUUAAUACAUUAUACAGAUUUGUCCCUUCAAUCCGUGAACAGUUGCAGGAUUGGGAGGAUGGCUUGUCUGAAACUGAUGCUGAUGGCUCGUUCUUACAUGAGAACUGGAAUAAAGAUCUGAAACUAUUCAGCACAAGUGAAGAUGGUGGACAACAACUUCUUCAGCUGCUUGCUUUGCGUGCUGAGUCGGAGCUUCAAGUUAUCUCAAAUGAAAACAUUUCAAACAAGCUACAACUUGUAAAGUCUGUGAAGGCCCAAAUGGGAUGCCUAUUUAGUGGCAAUGUGAUAACAUCAUACUCACAAUGCAAACAAUCAGAAAAAGAAAAACAUCGGGAGAUAUUCCGGCCUAGAACUGGUGGCAACCGCCAGACAACAGACAUAAGAUACAGAGGUGACUGGAUGAAGAGACCAAUCUCUGGUGAUGAGGUGGCAUGGCUGGCCACUCUUCUUGUGAAACUUUCUGGGUGGCUGAACGAGAUUCUUGGGCUGAACCACCCAUGGGAGAAUGGUUCCACCAGCAGCAGCACCACAUAUGUGGUGGUUUCUGGUGGUGGUGGUGGUGGUGAUGUGUAUGGAGUGAAGGAUACAAUGAGGUUGGUGGUGGGUGGGGUGAUGACAUUUUAUCGGGAGGCAGUGAAGUUUAUGAGAGAACAUGGUAUGAGGGUGAAUUUGAGAAUGCUUGCUUCAAAGAAAGUGGUCACAGUGCUACUUAUUGCACUUGCAUUCACUCUACUCAAGAGAAUGUUUUCCAACUUGCUCUGUUAGAAACAUAAUCAAUCACAAACACGGACCUUGUGUUUCACCUCAUAUAGAUGAUUGUGCAGUUUUCCAAGUACCUAUAAUACUUAUGUAAAUUAGUUUUUUUUUUUUUUUUUUUAAUUACAUCAUAGUUUUGCUAGAAACAGUACAGCACGUUGAUUCUCAAACAUACAUCGCAUUUUUC